UGCAGAAACUGUUGAACGAUCGCCGUACCAGCCCGUACCGAUCGUUUGCACAAAGCGCAUACAGCGAGAGCGUGUGCUGACUUCCUUGCGCCACAUGCAUUUUGGGGCCACAACUGGUUUUCGUCUGGUCGGUGUGCUCACCAACACUACAAACUACGGUUUGUCUGCAGCGCGGCGUUUCACUCGGGUGGAGAGAGAUUUCAACGACCAGAUCCCAACGAACCCUGGUCGCAUGCUGUCGCGUCGUCUGGCGCUGGUGACUCGUUGCUCGUUCGGCCACGGCAAAACAAGUGAGAUUUUUUGCUUCCACCGUACACCGUGCAGUGUAAGUGCGUUUUCUUCAAGUAGAGUGCGUUCAAUGCGCUAAGGCAGUAUAGUGCGUCGACCGAUCGUCGCGCCGUAGUCGUCGUCGAAGAUAUUUGCCGUUCAUGUUGCGUAAGAUAACGGGUGAGCGUGCAGACGGAGAGCAAAGAAGAAACACCUCAAAGAGCAAGCUCUCUGCGCAAGUGGUGCGACAACGAGUACUGACGGGGAUUUUUGGCAUUGUGUUUUCGGAUAUCAGCAGCAUAGACUACGUUCCGUGGUAGCAUAGUGACACUAAAAAAGGGCAGCUGAAGCAUAAGCCUCAGCCGCUGGAUUGGAGUACGAUCGAUUUGUUGACUGGAGCCGUCUCUAGGAGGCUUAAGCCGAGAAGAUGUCUGCUAUCAGACAUCGACCUCUGGCAAAUGGUCCGAACGAGAGCGACGACAACUUUUCUGAUGACGAGAGCACGCCCUUAACGCAUGACAUCUAUGGAGGAAGUCAACGCACCGUGCAGGAAACGAAAGGAUGGGACGUCUUCCGGGAUCCUCCGAUCAAGGAGGAUACGGGCUCGAUGGCGGAUCAGGCUUGUCUGGAUCUGACGAUCAAAAUACUGAAGAUCUUUGCCUACCUCAUCACGUUCAUCAUCGUGCUGUUGGGCGGUGUGGUAGCGAAGGGAUGCGUGCUGUUUAUGUCGUCGCAGUUGCGCCGCGAUCGGAAGAUCACCUACUGUAAUCGCGAUUUGGCACGGGACAAAUCGUUCAUCGUGUCGCUACCGGAAGAGGAACGGAUAGCGUGGAUGUGGGCGUUGAUGAUUGCGUUUGCCGUGCCGGAGAUUGGCACGUUUAUCCGUUCGACGCGUAUCUGUUUCUUCAAAUCGAUGAAGAAACCGCUCAAAUCCCAUUUCUUGCUCGUCUUUCUGAUGGAAUCCUUCCACACGAUCGGGUUGGUGUUGCUGUUCUUCGUUGUGCUGCCGGAGGUUGACUCGGUGAAAGGAGCCAUGUUGACUAACUGUCUGUGCGUUAUACCAGGUAUGUUGGGUCUGUUUUCACGCACCAACAAAGAAGGCAAACGGGCGGUAAAAACGAUCGUCGAUCUAGCAGCAAUUGCUGCACAAAUUACUGGAUUUGUCGUAUGGCCACUGUUGGAAAAUCGUCCAGUACUAUGGUUGAUUCCAAUUUCGGCCCUCCUAACGUCCUGCGGCUGGUGGGAAAACUAUGUCUCACCGCAGAGCCCAUUCUCCUUCGUACGAUCGCUUGGCCGUGUUAAGGAAGACCUCAAGCAAACGCGUUACUUCACCUACAUGUUUCUGUCAGUUUGGAAGAUUCUUCUGCUGUUCUGUUUCGUGCUGGUAAUACUAUUCGUACGUGGAGAUGAGGUGGCGAACCUAUUCUCACUGUUCGGCGCUGGAUACGGUCCGCACAAGAUCGUGGUGGAAGAAGUUGCCCUUCCAUUUAGUUCCGCAUUGCCCGAUCUAGUCGAAGCUGCCCAAGCCGUGGAUACGAUCGACAUCGAUGCCGCCUACAACACGGUAACGUACGUGCUCAUCAUCCAAAUAUUGGCCGCUUAUCUGUGCUACAUUUUCGGAAAGUUCGCGUGCAAGAUCCUGAUCCAAGGUUUCAGUUACGCUUUCCCGGUAAAUCUCACCGUACCGGUGGCAAUUUCGUUGCUUAUCGCCGCUUGUGGUAUCCGCAAUGAUGAUCCGUGCUUCUUCCACGGUUCCAUACCGGACUAUUUGUUCUUCGAGAGUCCACCCGUGUUUCGGUUAAAUGAUUUCGCCUCACGACAGAUGGCGUGGGCCUGGUUGCUGUGGUUGCUUUCGCAAACCUGGAUCACACUGCACAUAUGGACACCGAAAUGUGAGCGUUUAGCCAACACGGAAAAGCUGUUCGUGACGCCAAUGUACAACGCACUGCUGAUCGAUCAAUCGAUGGCGAUGAACCGUCGGCGAGACGAUCAGGCGGACGUAAAAACGGAAGAUCUUGCGGAAAUCGAGAAAGAAAAGGGUGAUGAAUACUAUGAAACUAUCUCGGUGCAUACGGACGGUUCUGCCUUACCGCGACCCAGCGUAAAGUCGUCCGAUCAUAUCACGCGUAUUUACGCAUGUGCAACGCUUUGGCACGAAACGAAGGAGGAGAUGAUGGUUUUCCUGAAGUCUAUCAUGCGCAUGGAUGAGGACCAGUGCGCACGACGUGUGGCACAGAAGUAUUUGCGCAUUGUGGAUCCGGACUAUUACGAAUUUGAAACACACAUCUUCUUCGAUGACGCGUUUGAAAUCUCCGACCAUAGCGAUGAUGACAUUCAAUGUAAUCGAUUUGUGAAGAUUCUGGUGGACACCAUUGAUGAAGCCGCCUCAGAAGUACAUCAGACAAACAUUCGGUUGCGACCACCGAAAAAAUAUCCUACUCCUUACGGUGGCCGCUUGGUGUGGACUUUGCCCGGCAAAACGAAGAUGAUUGCACAUCUCAAGGAUAAGGAUCGCAUUCGGCACCGUAAGCGUUGGUCACAGGUGAUGUACAUGUACUAUCUGCUCGGUCACCGGCUGAUGGAGUUGCCAAUUUCCGUCGAUCGGAAGGAGGUGAUGGCGGAGAACACCUACCUGCUCACUCUGGACGGUGAUAUCGACUUUAACCCGAGUGCCGUUACGUUGUUGAUCGAUUUGAUGAAAAAGAAUAAAAAUCUGGGUGCGGCAUGCGGUCGUAUUCAUCCAAUCGGUUCCGGACCUAUGGUGUGGUACCAGAAGUUCGAGUACGCUAUCGGUCAUUGGCUGCAGAAGGCAACGGAACACAUGAUCGGUUGUGUACUUUGUAGUCCUGGUUGUUUUUCACUGUUCAGAGGAAAAGGCCUUAUGGAUGACAAUGUGAUGCGGAAGUACACUACACGAUCGGACGAGGCCCGACACUACGUGCAGUACGAUCAGGGUGAGGAUCGUUGGUUGUGUACGCUGCUGCUGCAGCGAGGCUAUCGUGUCGAGUAUUCAGCUGCUUCGGACGCGUACACCCAUUGCCCGGAAGGUUUCAACGAGUUCUACAACCAGCGUCGCCGUUGGGUACCGUCCACCAUCGCCAACAUUAUGGAUCUGCUUAUGGACUACAAGCGUACGAUCAAGAUCAACGAUAACAUUUCGCUGCUGUACAUCUUCUACCAGAUGAUGUUGAUGGGUGGUACGAUCCUGGGCCCUGGAACCAUUUUCCUUAUGUUGGUGGGUGCGUUUGUGGCCGCCUUCAAGAUUGACAAUUGGACCUCGUUCUACUAUAACAUCAUACCGAUACUGCUGUUCAUGUUGGUGUGCUUCACAUGCAAGUCCAACAUACAGCUGCUGGUGGCACAAAUACUUUCCACGGUGUAUGCGUUAAUCAUGAUGGCAGUAAUCGUUGGUACCGCGUUACAGCUGGGCGAGGACGGAAUCGGUUCACCAUCGGCCAUUUUCUUGAUAGCAAUGACGGGGUCCUUCUUUAUAGCGGCCUGUCUCCAUCCGCAGGAGUUCUGGUGUAUCGCUUCCGGUAUUAUCUAUCUCCUAUCCAUUCCAUCCAUGUAUCUGCUGCUGAUUUUGUACUCCAUCAUCAAUCUGAACGUUGUCUCCUGGGGCACUCGUGAGGUUGUGGCGAAGAAAACGAAGAAGGAGCUAGAACAGGAAAAGAAGGAUGCCGAGGAGGCGGCAAAACGUGCGAAGCAGAAGUCGCUGCUCGGAUUCCUGCAGGGAGGUGUUGGGAACGGUUCGGACGAGGAAGGUUCGAUAGACAUAUCGAUUGCGGGUCUCUUCAGAUGUUUGCUGUGUACACACGGCAAAACGACUGACGAGAAGGCUCAACUUAUUCACAUUGCUGAUGCACUUGAUGCAAUUACGAAGAAAAUUGAGAAUCUGGAAAAGCAUAUCGAUCCCCACGGACACCAUACACGCAAACGUACUGCUUCGGCUGGUUCGAAGGAUCACCAUCUGGGAUCGGUUGCAGAGGACACGGAGGAUGAUGAUGAGGAUGAAGAGUCCGAAACAUCUACGAUGCAACGUGACGAACGAGAUUUCCUGACGAACCCAUAUUGGAUUGAGGAUCCGGAUUUAAAGAAGGGCGAAGUAGACUUUAUUUCCAGCACUGAGAUCCAGUUCUGGAAGGAUCUGAUCGAUAAGUACCUUUAUCCGAUUGAUCAAAACAAGGAAGAACAGGCACGUAUUGCGCACGAUCUCAAGGAGUUGCGUGACUCCGCCGUGUUCGGUUUCAUCAUGAUCAAUGCACUGUUUGUGUUGAUCGUUUUCUUGCUACAGCUCAACAAGGACAACAUCCACGUCAAGUGGCCGUUGGGUGUUAAAACUAACAUUACCUAUGAUGAAGCCACGCAAGAGGUUCACAUCUCGAAGGAGUAUCUCCAGCUGGAACCGAUUGGUUUAGUGUUUGUGUUCUUCUUCGCGUUGAUUCUGAUCAUUCAGUUUGUGGCAAUGAUGUUCCAUCGCUUCGGUACGCUGUCGCACAUUUUGGCUUCGACGGAGCUCAACUGGGCCUGCAACAAGAAGCCCGAGGAGCUUUCGCAGGAUGCUCUCAUAGAUAAGCACGCUGUUGAGAUAGUCAAAAAUUUGCAACGAUUGCAAGGAAUCGAUGGAGAUUACGAUAACGAUUCGGGCAGCGGUCCAGAUCGUAUUGCAAGACGUCGAACUAUCCAGAAUCUGGAAAAGGCUCGUCAACCGCGGCGCCAGAUAGGAACGCUCGAUGUGGCAUUCAAGAAACGAUUCCUGAAGCUGACGGCGGAUGAAAAUAACACGGCCACACCGAUCCUGACACGUCGGAUGACAAUGCGACGGGAAACGAUACGUGCACUGGAGGUUCGCAAGAACUCGGUAAUGGCGGAAAGACGUAAAUCGCAGAUGCAAACGCUCGGCGCAAACAACGAGUACGGCAUAACCGGCGUGCCGAAUGGAAACAAUAAUGCCCCGGCCAGACCGACGCGCACAUCGAAUGCUGGCGUUAGUGUGAAGGACAUCUUUAACGUAAAUGGUGGUCCUGGUGGGGAGAUCUACGGAGUCACUGGACAAGUAAACCAAGCUUACGAACCGGUCAUCGAAGAUGACGAUCGCAACUCAUUGCGCAUGCAGCCACGUAAUCAGGUCACCUGGGGUAAUAAUGGUAACGCACGGUUGUGAGCAUUGAUGAUGCUGAUGUUUUACUCAACUAUCGAAAUGCUGCGAAGUGUACUGAUCUGAUCUAGCGAACCGAUCAGGAUUUCAGAGCCGCUUGAUUUAAUAAUGAUCGACUACUACCUACGUACGAUAGAGCGAAUGAGAAAUGUGCGAGUGGAGUGUAUAUGCAGUACGCGUGAAGUGUGAUUGUUGUGAACACUAAUUUAUAGACUCGAUAUUACGUUAAGAGAUUGUGUGCAGUAAAGGAAAGAUGAAAAUGUUUAGCAAAACCCACAUCUCUACAGUUAGAUGUUAGAUAGAUUGUUCUUAGACCUCACUCAAGUCAUUACCCGACAAUGCUGAAUGGGUCCUUCGCCUUGCAGGCCCAACAUUGCAACAAAGGUAUGCAGUUGUGUUUUCGACCUCUGGACUUGCGCAUUCAGUCUACUGAAACAGCAUAAAGCAAACGCUCAAAAUGAUUACAACUGUAAGGCGCACACAGUAGCUUACAUUAUAAACUACUACCACUAAAUACUCAUCAAUGUAGAACAAUUUAGCAAAACUAAGCGCAAGUGCAAGAUCGUUUCAACAUCCUUUUCCUACACAAAAAUUCGGAUGGCAAUUUGUUUGCAAACCAUCACUGCCCGAUAUUCUCAUGGCAAGAGGAAGUAUACCUGAACAACAAUGCAUGCAUACAUUCUUCAGGAGCGUAGGAUAUUUAUUUAAUUACUAGAGCGUUGUACAGCUUACGCGAACGUAAGCAUUGCCGAGCAACGACGAAAACACUGCCAGAGGUUUCGCCAACGAAUUUGAACAAUCAAUGUUGCUUUCAAAAUUAAGCGAUUUCUUUGUAAAUACGUACAACGUGCCCUCACUGGCCGUUUGCACGCGGUCAUUGCAGCAUGCUCUUUACUUCACUUUACUUAUUUACUAUUCGAAUCUUUCGAUAUUUGUGACCCCCUGAUAAGGCUAUCGAAUUUCGAAAGCGAAUGUAAUGGAACUCGAAUGUGAUGUUUACAGAAAAUUGUACUCUACAAUAAAAUUGAUAGACUUAUUUUUAUACGUUUUA